CCAUGUGGGAGGAACUCUUUCCUAGCAGCAGUUAUCUGAAUGACAGUAGGGACAUGCUUCAUUGUUUAAGUUAGCUACUAUUAACUGUAUUUAUAAUGGACGAAGAAGAACCGGGAAUUCGUGAAGUCGAGUGGAUUUACUAAAGUGAGGAUGUUUUGCACUGAAAAAUCACAGACGCAUCUGCACUAUCUGCACUGACUGCACUGCCCAUUAAUAUUAUUUAAGACUAACAAAUGAAAUGCAACAAAUCAGCUGAAGCUGUCUGAUCAAGACUUUGCCAGUAUAUGUUAUGAUGCCCCUCCCUGGAUCCUCAGGAGGUGAUAUCCAGUGGGAGCGGUGAUGCAACGUCUCCUUUCCCAGAAGAUCUUAUGGCAGACGGCCGCCAUGCGGUCUGUGGUCAUCUGCCCAGCUGCCCGUGAGCCGUCCGCUGUAGCCUCAGCUUUAAGGAGACGGGCGCCAUGCUCGUGUUGGCUGAACACAUCGGUGACAGUCAGGGCCGCAGGAAAACGCAGCCCUGACCCUAAAGAAGAACCCCAGCCUGCUCCGCCCACGAGUCUGGCUGGGGCCGACCCCACCUACCAGUCAGACUCGCCACAGAUACCUGGCUCUUCCGCAGAAGUAGACCCCCUCCAGGACAGAUCCAUCGGUCUGGUACAGAGGUUCAAGAAGACCUUCAAACAAUACGGCAAAGUCAUGAUUCCGGUGCAUCUUCUGACGUCCUGUGUGUGGUUUGGCUCCUUCUACUACGCUGCUAUGAAGGGAGUGAAUGUGGUUCAGUUUCUGGAGUAUGCCGGAUUUCCUGAAAACAUUGUUAGCUAUCUGAGGGAUUCCCAGAGUGGCUACGCCAUCACAGCCUAUGCUUUGUACAAAAUCGCUACACCAGCCAGGUAUACGGUGACGUUGGCCGGAACCUCCAUUUCCGUAAAAUACCUGCGGAAACACGGGUACCUCUCUACCCCACCACUUGUCAAAGACUAUCUCCAGGACAAGAUGGAGGAGACAAGGGAGAGGUUCUCCGAGAAAAUGGAGGAGACGAAGGAGCGGCUCACCGAAAAGAUGGAGGAGACGAAGGAGCUUAUCUCAGAAAGAAUGGAGGAGACGAAAGAACGCCUUUCAGAGAAGAUGGAAGAGACCAAGGACAAGUUUUCCGAAAAGCUGCAGGAAACCAAAGAUCGGAUCUCCUUGCGAAAGAAAGCCGAUUAGCUGUGUGUCCCCAAGUCUCCCGGGUAACAUGAAUCCAUUCUGAGAUUCGACCACUGAGUCUCAAACAAAAAAAAAAAUGCAAUGGAACACAGAGGGACUGAAAGUAGUUUAUAGCUUAAAAAUAAAAUAAUUUGUUCAAAGUGAUGGCUACCUUUUAAAGAGAUCAGAAUUGUGCCAAUAUGUUGUAAUCAGUUGUGCAUAAAAUUUAAGCAAUAUACUGUUUCUUAAAGUACUUCAUUUAUGUAGUGCAGAAACAAAAGCACUAAACUGCAGUUGUGCAUUUUCA